AUGGUCUUUCUGGAGAAAAUAGUGAAGAAGGAGGGAGGGGUUCUGCGCGAAGUGGACUUGAAUUACUACGAGAAAACGUGCCCAUACGCUGAUGAUAUUGUGAAUGACAUCGUGAAGAAGGCAGUGGCCAAAGACAAAACAGUUCCUGCUGCUCUACUCAGAAUGCAUUUUCACGACUGCUUCAUAAGGGGUUGUGAUGGGUCGAUAUUGUUAAACUCUGGAGGAGGCAACAAAGCAGAGAAAGAUGCACCGCCGAAUGGUUCCCUACAUGCAUUUUAUGUUAUUGAUGUUGCAAAGAGGGUAGUAGAAGACAGGUGUCCUGGAGUUGUCUCCUGCGCAGAUAUUCUGGCUUUGGCUGCCAGAGAUGCUGUUGUGCUUUCUGGAGGUCCAACAUGGAGUGUGGAAAAAGGGAGAAGAGAUGGAAGAAUAUCAAGAGCAAGUGAAACUACAACGUUGCCAACUCCAACAUUCAACAUAUCUCAAUUGCAGAAGAACUUUUAUCUAAGAGGUCUCUAUUUGAAGGACUUGGUAGCUCUUUUAGGAGCACACACACUAGGAUUUUCUCAUUGUUCGUCAUUCGGAAAUAGAAUCUACAACUUCAAUACCACUCAUGACAUAGACCCCGUAAUGCGCCCUUCCUUUGCAACAAGACUAAGGACCAUCUGUCCACCUAACAACAAGGUCAAGAAUGCUGGAGCUACAAUGGAUCCUUCACCGACAACUUUUGACAACACAUAUUACAAGCUGGUUCUACAGAGAAAAGCACUUUUCUCCUCAGAUCAAGCCCUGCUCACUACUCCUUUCACCAAGUCUUUGGUCUAUAAAUUUGCUACCUCAAAAAAAGCUUUUCACCAGGCUUUUGUCAAAUCGAUUAUCAAAAUGAGUAGCCUCAAUGGAGGACAGGAGGUUAGAAAAGAUUGUAAGGUGAUCAAUUAAAUUUCUCAGAGCUCC